UGCAGCAGCUCACUGCUCCUUCUCGCGGCAUCCAAGAAUCAAAGCAGCAGCAGAAUAGCCACAUGGAAGGCGCCGUGGACAGUGUCCGGAUCGUGUCCCGUCGCAUGGUGCAGCCGUCGUUGCCAACGACGGCCAAUGUGUGCCAUCAGCCGGGGGACGAGGCCGAGGAGAUGCACCUGACGCCGUGGGACCUGCGCCUCAUCACCGUAGACUAUAACCAGAAGGGCAUCCUCCUGCCCAAGCCUCCGUCCGGCGGUGGUCCCCUCGUGGACGCCCUGGCAUCCUCCUUCGCGCGCGCCAUGGGGCGGUUCUACCCUUUCGCGGGCCGGCUCGCCACCGAGGAGCGCAACGAUGGGACCGUCACUGUCUCGUUGCGGUGCACCGGCGAAGGCGCCGAAUUCGUCCACGCGGUGGCGCCAGGGGUGGCCGUUGCGGACAUCGUCGCCUCGCUCUACACCCCAUUCGUGGUCUGGUCGUUCUACCAGUUUAACGGGGUCCUCGGAGCGGACGCCGCCGUCGAGCCCCUCCCCCUUGUGUCCGUGCAGAUCACCGAGCUCGCCGAUGGUGUCUUCGUCGGCAUGUCGAUGAACCACUCCGUCGGCGACGGCACCACCUUUUGGGACUUCUUCAACACUUGGUCCGAGAUCCACCGAGAUGGCAUCUGCAUCAGCGAAGACCUGCAUGAGCUCUCCGUGCCGGCGCCAGUGCUCCGGAGGUGGUUCGUCGAGACCAGCCCCGUGCCGAUCCCCAUGCCGUUCGGCAAGCUGCAUCACAUCAUGCGGCGGUUCGAGCGCACGACGGUUCAGGAGUGCUUCUUCACCUUCUCCGCCGCAAGCGUCAAGAAGCUGAAGGCCACGACGAACGACGAGAUGGCCGGCACGGCCACCGCAACCAUCUCCUCGCUCCAGUCCGUCCUCGCGCAUCUCUGGCGAGCCGUGUGCCGCGCCCGGUGCCUCCCGCCGGGACAGAGCACGUGCUACUCCAUUGUUGUCGGGUGCCGGGGCCGCGUGAAUGGCAUACCGCCAGGCUACGUCGGCAACGCCGUGGUAUUCGGCAAGGCGGAGUCCACCGUCGGCGAGAUCGAGGAGAAGGGGCUGGGUUGGACAGCGUGGCUGCUGAACCGCGCCGUGGCCUCGUUCGACGAGGCGCGCAUGAGAGACUCGCUGGAACGCUGGGUCCGAGAGCCGGACUUCACGUACGCGGGGAACCUGUCGUUCGGCGGCACGGCGCUGUUGACGGGGAGCUCGCCGCGGUUCGACGUGUUCGGGAACGACUUCGGGUGGGGGAAGCCGGUGGCCGUCCGUAGCGGCUGGGCGAACAAGAUGGACGGCAAGGCGACGGUGUUCGAGGGGCCGGACAAGGGAGGGAGCAUGUCGCUGGAGGUGUGCAUCGCGCCGGACGCGCUCGCGAGGCUCACCGCCGACGAGGAUUUCAUGGACGCCGUGAGCGUGCCGGCGUGAGACGUGAGGUUGAGCGUGCAUUAGCCACCUUGACAAGUUGCCACGUCCUACCUUUCCCACGCAGUGGUGGAGCUUCACGUGCGUACGGUGGCCAAGCCGAGAGGUGGUCCUCCCCUUCAUUUGGCGUGUCUUUAUGUUUUUUUUUUCUUUUUUCAGUGGGACAAUAACUCGUAUCUCCUGUUAAAAAGGGACCAUGAACCCCGGCCCUCUGAUAUCUACGCUGUCUGUUAUCAAUGAGACAUGUGCGUGCAGAUCUGUUCUCUGGUAGUCUGGUACAUGUUUGUGUUAUGUUGCA